GAGUGUGACUUGCCCAGGGUUACCCAGAGAGUUUUUUCUAUUAAGAAUAAAUAGAUUAGAUUUUAGAGUUGUACCUAAAUAUGUGUGUGAUGUGGCUGGAAGACCACACAUCCUGAUACAUACUUGCAUGGCUUAACAACUAUUACUAGAAUAUCAGUACAACAACAUAUAAAAUGAAACUAAUCUAAAACAAAACCACUUAUGUACAUAGACAAAACUGCACGCAUGGAAAAAGAGGAGGUAGAACUGGUUAGACUAGCUUCUGUCCCACCCACAGCUUCUUGUCUACCUGUUUAAAUCACAUGUUAACUGGGCAAUAUUUGAGAAUUGCUCUGUCCGGCUCUUGUUCACUUUUUCUUCCUCUUCAGUGUCUGUGCAUGUAUCCAGCCUGAGAUAAUCAGUUUAGCACUCAGGAGCAGGCAGAGCUGUUUAUGCAGCUGCACAACAGAGAUCUACAAACACAUGGUUUUUCUUCCAAAAAGUGAAAAAGAUUUGGGUAUUUGAUGUCCAAGCUUCCUGAAAUGCUUCUGCCAUCCCAGUUGUGAAAAUGGAUAGACAGGAAAAUGUUGCUGCUCCCCUUGGGCCACAAGCAGAGCCAGAAAGCAGCAAAACAGCAGAUGGAGAGUUAGAAGCAGAACUGGCCAUGUUUGCAAAAGCACAUGAGUUCUUUCAGAUCUGUGAUAUAGAAGGCAAAGGAUUCAUUUUUCGUCAUGAAAUGCAGAGGCUUCAUGGGGAAUUACCUCUUUGUCAAGAAGAGCUGGAGAAAGUAUUUGAUACUCUGGAUGCAGAUGGCAAUGGUUCACUUACUCCAGAGGAAUUCACCACAGGAUUCAGUCAAUUUUUAUUUGGGAAGAAGGAAUCAAUACCUGACAUACAAGGGUGUGAAAUGGAAAAUCUAUAUCACUCUAAAAGGAAAGGAAACUGCAAAGAAAUUGAUGAGGAAGAAGAUCAGUUCUCAGAUCUUAUGGAGAAACUUGGAGCCAGCAGUAUCUUUGAAGAAGAGAAUAGUGUAAAGAAACUCUGGUUGCACUUAAAGAGAGAUGAACCCCACUUGCUUUCCAGUUUUGAAGAAUUCCUGGCAAAAGUACUUUCUCAGCUCCAAGAAGCCAAUCAUGAAAAGAAUGCAUUGGAAUGUGCCCUUAAAAAGAAGAUUGCUGCUUAUGAUGAAGAAAUUCAGCAUCUCUAUGAGGAAAUGGAGCAGCAGAUCAAAAAUGAGAAAGAAGCAUUCCUCUUGAAAGAUACAGCAAGGUUUCAAUCCCGAAGUCAGGAUCUUGAGCAUAAACUUCUAGCGAAAGAACAGGAACUGGAACAACUAGCUCAUAAACAGAAGAGAUUGGAAGAACAGUGUAAAGUGCUGCACAAUGACAAGAAUGACACAAAGAUAGAAAAUACAAAACUAAAGUUCACCAACCAAGAGCUGCAGAAUGAACUGGAAAGAACAUCCGAGGGACUAAUAAUUGCUCAGCAACAGCUGCAGAUACUCCAAGAUGAAGCCAAAAAGUUGCAGGAAGAAAAGGAAAUAGAGGUUUACAGAGUGACAGAAACAUUGCAAAGGGAGAAAUCAGGGCUUCUUAAGCAACUGGAUUUUUUAAGAGAAAGGAACAAAUAUCUGAAAGAUGAACAUGACAUGUGUUUAUACCAGAAACAUAAGAGUGGUCCACCUGCCAGCUGGAAACAAAGGUCAGGCUCAAUCAUCGGCAGAUAUGUUGACAGAAGAGGCUCACUGAAGAGCCAGUCUUCUGAAGACGAAGAUACAUUUAGCACCUCAAGAAGAAGAAAUUCUCUCAGCUUGAAUGGACAUCUUUCAUUUGAUUCUGACCCUGCUAAUGCUGGAGGACUGGCUCAUGGAAAGCGACUCCAGAGAAUUAUAUCAAUUGAAGAAGAUCCUCUGCCCCAACUUCUCAAUAGGUCAGGGAGGCAGCUACCCAAAUGGUCUGAAGAAGAUGAAAAUGUCCUUCCAGAAAGGGAAAUGAAUGGGACCCAAAUAGAUUCACCUACUGAAAAGACACCUUCCUCUCCCAGGUGGCAACCUGUAGGAAUGGAAACAUUAUCAAACGAUGAACAGUUGGUUUUUGCCCCAGAUUGUUUAUUCAAGAUUAUUUUGGUGGGUGAUUCAAGUGUAGGAAAGACUUCCUUUUUGAGACGGUUCUGUGAAGACCAUUUUUCCUCUGGUACUGCUGCUACUGUUGGUGUUGAUUACAGUGUAAAAACAGUGUCAAUGGAUAAUAGCCACAUAGUGCUGCAGCUCUGGGACACUGCUGGGCAAGAAAGGUACCGCAGCAUUACUAAGCAGUUCUUCCGAAAAGCUGAUGGUGUCAUUGUGAUGUAUGAUAUAACAGCAAGAGAAACAUUCAUUGCUGUAAAGCAGUGGCUAGUGAACAUUGAGGAAGCAACAGGGGAAAACAUUCCUAUUCUUCUGCUUGGUAAUAAAACUGAUAAGGAAAAAGAACGGGAAGUCCCCCAUGGAUUAGGAAAGCACCUGGCCAAGGAAUACAAUUUAAUUUUUUAUGAAUGCAGUGCCUUGUCAGGAGACAACACAAACAAGUCUAUACAUCACUUGGCUAGGAUUUUGAAAGAACAAGAAGACAAAGUUAAAGAAAAGACUGUUCAGCUACAUCAAGACUCUAAGAAAAAAGCUUGUUGUUUGAGACAGUAGGAGGCAUUCUCCAUCUAAUCAAGAAACCUGAUUAUAUUCCUUUUGACUCCAACAGCACAUCUGUUUUACACUACAGUAUACUGUAUUUUGAGACUUGAGUUUUGAUUUAUGACUUAAACUGAUAUAAUAGGCUUAUGCAUCAGCUGCAUUUUGCUUUUUAGCUCUGUCCCUGCAUUGGUGGAUGGAGCUAAGGAAGAUUACUGACUACUUAGAUUUCUGUAGUUAAACUCAUGUGAAUAAAUUGUCCACUUAGAGCAGGGGUGGGAAACUCGUCUUUCAAAUGUUGUUGGGCUGCAAUUCCUAGGAGCCCUACUCAGUAUAGCCAUUGGGGUAUUGUGGGAACUGUGGUCCAAAUGUUUCUGUCCUGCCUUCUGCACCUCAGACUAGAACUGAAAUUGUGGCUAUAUGGCUGUCAAUGAGUAGCAACCAUUUGUCUACUAUUUUUCCUUUCUUUCCUGUAAUGUUUGGUACUGCAGGAUGGACAGCGUGAGAGAACUGUGUUGUCAUUUUGCCCAUCCCUAAACAAUUUCAAUUGCUACUGCAUAGAGAGGCAUAGGUUGAUUGAGCCAGUGUGGUGUAGUAGUUUGAGCAUUGAACUAUGGUCAAUAUCACACCACACUGUUAUAGCGCUAUUAUUCCACUUUCACUACUAUGGCUUCCUCCUGUGGAAUUCUGGGUUUUGUA